GCGAUCGACAGAGUUGCUACACAGCUGGCUCCGCGAGCCCGUGUUUCCAGAUCCCGCCUCCUCUCUACGAACGGUCAUGACCUCUCUCAUUGCUUCAGUCCGCGCUAAAUUCCUGAAUGCCAUUAGAUCUGUGAACCCGCCCGGGCGAUGGAAGAUAUUGGUCGUGGACGAGCACUCCCAGCAGCUGCUGGGGUCAGUCCUGAAGCAGUUUGAUAUCUUGGAAGAGAAUGUGACACUGAUUGAAUCGAUCACGAAUUACCGUGAACCACAGCCCAAUUUCGAGGCGAUGUAUCUGGUCAUGUCAACAUCUCAGAACGUGGAUAGAAUUAUACGUGACUUCUCGGACGGAAAUCAGCAGUAUGCGGGGGCACAUCUCUUCUUCGUCGACGGUCUGGAUGAACAACUAUUUGAACGAUUGACAUCAUCCCCUGCGGAACCCUUUCUCAAGGCCCUGCAAGAACUCUUCAUCAACUUCUGGGCGAUCGAAUCACAGGCGUUCUCGCUGAAACUUCCUGGUACAUUCUUCAACAUGUACAGUCCACCGCGCAGCGAGUCUGCCUUCCGGACAGCCCGCGAUCGUCUAGAGGAGGAGUUGCGACUGGUCAGCAAGAUGAUAUUGAAUGUCUGCGUCACGUUGAACGAAUAUCCUUAUAUCCGCUAUUACCUACCUGGUCACCACGCGCCCUUGGGUCCCUUUAAGCCACAUGAAACAACGAGGGCGCCACCACCUCCCGAGAAUAGUGGGCGCUGGCGCACACAACUCGCGCGCGGCGAGGCCGCACGCGCGUACGAGUCCGCCGACACAGACUUCGUCUCGAAAGUGCUCGCGUUCAUGGUACAGCGGGACUUGGAUGAGUACAGGAAGGCCAACCCUGAUUGGCCUAAACCAUCCGACCCUCCUCGGCCGCGCGGGACAAUGCUGAUCACUGACCGUGCUAUGGAUACGCUCGCACCCUUCGUACACGAGUUCACGUAUCAGGCCAUGGCCAACGACUUGUUGCCCAUCGAAGAUGGCGCCAAAUACACGUACAAGUUCCAGGGAGCGGCAGGGCAGUUCGAAGACAAGGUCGCGACCCUGUCUGAUACGGACAACGUCUGGACAGAAUUGCGACAUAUGCACAUGAGGGAGGCGAUUGACAAACUCAUGGCGGACUUCAAUCAGUUUAUGCAGGACAACGCAGGCAUGAAAGGAGACGGAGCAGCCAGUCUUAACGACAUGAAGGACAUGCUCGCUAAUUUGCCUCAGUAUCAAGAGCAACGAGAGAAGUUCUCGUUGCAUCUCAACAUGGCGCAAGAAUGUAUGGGGAUCUUCGAGCGGGACAAACUGCCGAACGUGGCAACGGUCGAGCAGAAUUCUGCGACCGGCUUGACUGCAGAAGGCAAGACACCGAAGACGCUGGUCGAACAGAUGGUGCCGUUGCUGGACAGCCGGGAAGUAAUUAACGCUAACAAAGUGCGCAUCAUUGCCUUGUACAUCCAAUACCGCGAUGGUGUGCCCGACGAGGACCGGCGGCGACUGUACCAGCACGCGAGGUUGUCCAUGGCAGAGCAGGACGCGGUGAACGCGCUUGUUCACUUUGGCGUGCGCGUGACCAGGGGACCUGGGGACAAGGACAUCAAGAAGCGGCUGAGGCAUAAGCCGAACCAGGACGACGAGUAUGAACUCUCACGGUUCAAACCAAUGCUGCAGACCAUCCUUGAGGAUCACGUCAGAGACCGUCUCGAUCAGAUUGUCUUCCCGUACGUGAAAGACUCACCAGUCGCCGCUCCCGCUGCGUCUAUGCGUGCGGCACCGGUAAUAGCACCGGCGACCUCUCUGCGGAGUGCAAAGCCGAGCUGGCACCGGGGCCCGAAAGCCGCGAGUACGCGCGACGAGGUCCGACAGCGCGUCAUCGUCUUCGUCGCAGGCGGGAUGACCUACUCCGAGAUGCGCGAGGUGUAUCUGCUGUCGAAGUCCCUAGGGAAGGAUAUCAUCAUAGGAUCAACAAACGCGAUUACGCCUGGCCAGUUUGUCGACGAUCUGAAGGUCCUCGAACUCGGCGGUAUCGGCUCGAGAGCGAUGCCCAACGGGCCGGGUGAGGGCAAGGAACGGAGACCGCUGCAAGAGUUCUACGACGAGAAGUACUACACGCGCGAUGCGCCGCGGCCACAGCGGGCAGCCCCGCCCGCCGCGCGCGAAGAGAAGGGCCGGAUGCACAAGCCGUCCGUACCCUCGUUCGCGGGGUCGACGCUCUCUGUGAACAGCACGAGCAGCAAAACCGAGGAGAAGAAGAAGAAGCGGGGCUUCCUUCACUUCUGAACGAACGCUGGAUGUGCUCUUCUCUUCGUUCUGUGAUCUGCGGACAGUGCUGAAUCGCCUAACCUUAUUGUUUGUGUCCUCCCUCGUACUGUAAGACCGGUACCGCUCAUCAUAUACCAUGGAUUUGUGCUGAAGCUAGUAAUGUGAGACAGGGAAGACAAUGUAUAGUGCGAAGCGUAGAUGACGUGAAAUGCAUAUGACACUGAAUGCUUAUUAAGUUUUGCGCAACUUCUAGGUUCGACACAAACCCCUCGCACGUCCACGGGGAGAGUCUUGU